CUUUUGAUUAGAAUAUCGACCAUGGUUAAGCUUCUCCAAGGUAAACUUGACAAGGAGCUGUUGAAGAAGAUGCUAGAGAUAGAGCAAAGUCAGGAGCAUCUAAUGCAGGAGAUGUCUAGGCUUAAGGUUUCUUCUACGGCGGAGAUUAAGCAGCCAUCACAUCCAGCCUUGAGGAAUAGCUGUGCCUCCUCGUUGCGCAAGGAGAUCCUUUGCAAGGAUUCGAUGAUAUGGAGACCAUCUGCCGGGAAGAAGUUCACGGAAAAACAGUAUCUGAACAUUUUGCAGUCCAUGGGACAAUCUGUUCAUGCCUUCGAUCUUAAUAUGCGAAUUAUCUUUUGGAAUGCCAUGGCAGAAAAGCUUUAUGGGUACUCUGCUGCAGAAGCAGUUGGGCAGAACCCAAUUAACGUUAUGGUAGAUGAUCGGGAUGCUGUCUUUGCUAUGAAUGUUGCUCAGCUUUGUUCUAAUGGAGAGAGCUGGACUGGCAAGUUUCCUGUCAAGAGAAAAUCAGGGGAGAAAUUUUCAGCAGUCACUACCUGUUCCCCCUUCUAUGCUGACGACGGUUCUCUUAUUGGGAUCGUUUCUAUCACAAGUGACAUUGCACCCUAUCUGAACCCGAGAAUCUCUUUCGCUAAAUUAAAGCCGCAAGAAGUUGAACCGAGCUCUAGCCCUGUUGGUUUUGCAUCUAAACUUGGUUUGGAAUCCAAAAGAGCUGUUGUGUCAAAACUUGGCCUUGAUUCUGCUCAGCCUAUACAAGUUGCUAUAGCAUCAAAGAUAUCAGAUUUGGCAUCCAAGGUGAGGAACAAGGUCAGGUCGAAAACGCCAGCAGGUGAUAGUAGUGUUACACUGCCUGAGGGUGGCAGUGGGGACAGUCUUCAUUCGAAUCACGGUUGUGUCAAUGCUACUCUCUCUGACCACAAGGACGAUGCAGCAUUAACGAGUACCAGCUCACCAAAGGGGGAUUUUAUCCAAUCUCCUUUUGGUGUAUUCACAUGUAAGGAUGAGAAGAUUACUUUGAAACCCUUCAGAAAUUCCAGUGAUGAGAGUUAUGGAAAGCCUGCAAUCCACAAGGUUCUCACCUCAAAAGCGGAAGAAUGGAUGGUAAAGAAAGGUUUGUCAUGGUCAUGGAAAGGGUAUAAGCACGGAGGCUCAAAAGGAGAGCCUACUCAUUCUGUAUGGCCUUGGGUACAGAAUGAACAAGAGAAAGAGAAGUCUCACCAAAGUAAUAAGCCUACCAAUGAUGAGGCUUCUAGUAUGUGGUCUUGUUCUAUAAUUGCAAACAAUACAAGCAGCGCUAGUAGCUGCGGAAGUACCAGAAGCAGUGUUAUGAACAAGGUUGAUACUGAUAGCGAAGGCUUGGACUAUGAAGUUUUAUGGGAUGAUUUGACAAUGGGAGAAAAAAUUGGACAAGGCUCAUGUGGAACUGUCUAUCACGGUCUCUGGUUUGGAUCUGAUGUAGCUAUAAAAGUUUUCUCCAAACAAGAAUAUUCAGAAGAGGUCAUACAAUCUUUUAGACAAGAGGUAUCGUUGAUGAAAAGGCUUAGACAUCCUAACGUUCUGCUUUUUAUGGGAGCUGUUACUUCACCUCAGCGUCUCUGUAUAGUGUCAGAGUUCCUUCCACGUAGAAGUAUCUUCCAUCUACUGCAGAGAAGUUCGUUAAAACUGGAUUGGAGGCGGCGUAUCCGUUUGGCCUUGGACAUUGCUCGCGGUAUGAACUAUCUUCACCGCUGUAGUCCACCCAUUAUCCAUCGUGAUCUGAAAUCUUCAAAUCUGCUGGUAGACAGGGACUGGACCGUUAAGGUAGCUAACUUUGGUCUUUCACGUAUCAAGCAUGAAACAUAUUUAACCACCAAGUCCGGGAAGGGAACGCCUCAAUGGAUGGCACCAGAAGUUCUCCGAAAUGAAUCUUCUGAUGAGAAGUCUGAUAUUUACAGCUUUGGAGUAGUACUAUGGGAGCUUGCCACAGAGAAGAUCCCAUGGGAAAAUCUCAACUCCAUGCAGGUGAUCAAAGCUGUGGGGUUCAUGAACCAGAGGCUGGAUAUUCCAAAGGACAUUGAUCCUCGUUGGGUCUCAUUAAUGGAGAGCUGUUGGCACAUUAAUACAAAGCUGAGACCCACAUUCCAAGAACUGAUGGAGCAACUAAGAGACCUACAAAGAAAGUAUACAAUGGAAUUCCAAGCAACUCCUGCUGCGCUACCUGCUGGCAACUCUCUUCUCAAGGACAACUAAACAGGCAAAAGUUGACACUUUCUCUUAUCCCUAUGGUUCAAAUGGGUCUUCCCCGUUACUGUACCAAAUUCAUUGAGGUUGCUCAUCUUUCCAUCAUCGUCUGACACAAAUGUUGACAACUAUUAGCUAGUGAGGUUGACGACUCUGUUUCUGACACUGGAGCUGUGAUCAGAUAUGCAUAAUUAAUGCUUAGUGCUGACCAAGGCCCAUGCGUCUCCGGCUCUCAUCACUAAACCAUUGUAACAGCAAGAGCAGGAAAAAGACUGAAUCUCGUGUCUUGUCUCAGACUCUCGGGUGAGUUUGUCAUCUCAAAAAGUCGCCAUAUAUACCUUCCAACAACAGGUGAGUGAGCAUGACCUGUGCUUUAUAGCUGAUAACCUUUCCAACAAAUUUGGUUGGAUUUUACUUUUGUAAGUCAAUAAAAUGUUACAUUAGAAAUCUAUCAUCGCAUCUAAACUUCUAAGAAUAAUAACUUAAUUAAGUGUGAAGUUUCUUUUUUGUGAUGAGUAUGUA